AUGGCAACUGUAGCAGCUAAAAGCGUCACCCGGCUGACGGCCAACUCCAGCAAAACCCACCACGAGAUUGAUCCUUACGCUGAAGAUCGCCCAAUGGUAAACAACUACCGACUGCUCGUGUCAGGCAUCGCACCUCGACCCAUCGGCUUCAUCAGCACUGUCUCCGGUGAUGGCAAGACCGAGAAUCUCGCGCCAUUCAGUUACUUCCAAGUCGUGGAUCACGACCCACCCAUGUUCAUUGUCGGAUUCUCAUCCCGUCCUGGUGCAGUUAAGGAUACGUACCGCAACCUGAAAGAGACGGGUGAGUGUGUGAUCAACACCGUUUCAGAGGGAAUGGUUGAGGCAGUGAACGCGACGUCAAUUGAUGCCCCAUAUGGGGUAUCCGAAUGGGAAGUCUCGGGGCUUGGUAAAGCUCCUAGUUCAACUGUCAAGGCGGCGAGGGUAAAAGAGUCGGUUUUCUCUGUCGAGGGAAAGGUUGUUGAUAUUAAAGAAUUUGAAGCCCAUAAGCCGGGCAUGAGCUCCCCUGCGGUGGUUUUGAUUCAAGCAACGAGGUUCUGGGUGCAGGAGGGUGCGGCGGAUGAGGAGUUUAGUCAUAUCGAUUUAGAGAAGUUGAGGCCUGUUGCACAGUUGGGUGGGGUCUCGUAUGGGAGAAUUACGUCGACGUUUGAGAGGCCUAGGAAGAAGUGGGAUGAUGAAGUUGGGAAGAGUGAGUUCCUGGCUGGUUUGGAAAGGAGGAAUAAGGGAAGUUUGUGA